UACUAGUGCUAUAUGAUUUAUAUUUAUUUAUAUAAAAAUAAUUUCUACAUGUAUAGUCCAUAGGCUUGUACAGCCAAGCUGUGGCAUUUACUUAACACACAACAACAACCUGCCGAUCAUAUGGAUCUUUCAUUAAAAAGGUCUAACUGAAUGUGCCUUACUAUAACAAACUAUUGUACCAACUUCAGUAUAACAGUGUAAAAUUGUAACUUAAACACAGUUCUGUAAUUACAAAGCACAGUCCGGGAAGAAUUACAGACAUUUAUAAUUACGGUCCAUCUAUAAAAGGCAACCAAGGAAAGGGUGAGGACUGUGUUGGGAGAGAAGAGUAGGCCGCAAGGACACUGAGACAGAGAACAGGACGCUGAGAGUCUCACUAAGACAUACAGCUGAUUCUGGGGGGCGAAGACACAUCAUGGAUCCUCAUGGAGGACACUACCUCAACAAAGACGCUGUGCUGUCACCUUUGGGUAUAGCUCGAAUGUGCCAGAUGCUGCUUGGCUGCACCAUAAUGGCCCUUGUGUCCCACAGUGCAGGCUACAGCGACAACUAUGGAACCUUCUGCAUGUUUGUGUGGUGCUUCUGCUUUGCCGUGACACUGGUCGUGUUCACGUUGGACAUCACGCGGCUCCACACUUGCAUGCCCAUUUCCUGGGAUAACUUCACCGUGGCCUUUGCCAUGCUGGCAACUCUCAUGUACAUCACUGCCUCUGUGGUCUACCCUGUUUACUUCCUGCAGACUGAGUGCCCGGAUGAAAGCUGCGAGGUCCAAAUCUACCGCAUUGCUGUCACUGUCUGCUCCAGUGUCUGCUGUUUCCCAUACGGAGUUGAGGUGUUUUUAACUCGAGCCAAACCAGGAGCUGUGGUGGGUUACAUGGCCACUGUGUCUGGUCUACUCAAGGUGGUCCAGAGUUUUGUGGCCUGCAUUAUUUUUGGGGCUAUUGCCAAUGACAGUGAGUACAACAACUACAUUGCUUUGGAGUAUUGUGUAGUGGUGUACAGCCUGUGCUUCUCUGUGACUGUGGUCGUGGUCAUACUGACAGUUUCUGGAAGGACCUCAUCCCUCCGUUUUCCCUUUGACCGAUUCGUAAUCGUCUACACCUUCUUUGCUGUGAUCCUCUACCUCAGCACUGCACUGAUCUGGCCCAUCUUCAGUUUUGACAGGAAAUAUGGUGCCACUACUCGUCCUGAGGACUGUCCGCGUGGAGCGUGUCACUGGGACAGCAAGCUGGUGGUGGCAGUGUUCACCUGUGUCAACCUAAUCCUAUAUUUUAUAGAUCUGGUUUACUCUCAGAGGAUACGCUUUGUCUCCAGUUCUGCUGUCUAAAAAAGUUACCCCCUGAAGACAUUUUAGCCUCUGAGACAAUUCCUUGACAGUAAGGCCUCAAUGGACUCAAUCCACUGAAUCCAUGAUUCAAUGGAGUUAUGUAUGUGUAACAGUUUUAAUUGUCACUAGUCAUUCUUUUUCUAGUAUUUAGCCUCUGUGCCAGGCUGCCAACUGACAGUAUUACUCAAAAUACCAUAUAUGCUGCAUAGCAAGUUUUGCAGUGACGUACCAGGAAGAACAUGAAGACUCUGGGAAACAUUUCCAUCUCAGCAUCGAAUACAUCCCACGUCUCUGACUUCCGCUGGAGAUCUCAAACAAGAUGGACCUGCAGGAAAGAAUGAAAGAAAGAAUGUUUGGAAUAUCAGAACAGUGUUGCGUUAGAUAAACACCCUCAGUCAUUUAUUGUAUUGUAUUGAAUUUAAACUAUUUAAAUCAUAAAAACACAUGUCUCAGAGAGUUAAUAUAUUAUGUCUACAGUAUGCAUUUGUGUUGUGGGCUUUUUGAAGGUCUCAAUAUUGGUUCUAGACACAUUUUUAUUCCGUCUCAGUCAUAGAGGAUUUAGGAUUUAAAAUCAAGACCUCCAUUUGAUUAACAAGGAGAAGGGAUGUGUUUGCCUGUCAGUGGUGGUAUUACAACAUUUUCUGAACUACAUCUUAAAGGAAAACACAUAGCAAAAAUUAAACAACAUGGUAAUGUUCCCUCACAUCGGUGUGAGAGGUAGAAAUGAGAGUCUAACAUACAGUACAUGACUUCAUUAAUGCAAAUUCACAGUUACAGAUCAAAUAGUCUACCUUGUUAAUCCUAGAAUAGGUCUGGCUCUGGGGAGAGGUUUGGUACUUUGCAGAAGGAUAAUACAUACAACUGAUAAAACAUGUAUGUUAAUAUGGUAAUGUGUUUGCAAGAUAGCUGUUUGGCGAUUAUGUGUCCUUUUACAGACUUGUCCAUUAGUGUAGUCUUGACUACAACACUAAUGUGCACUGAUUGUAGAUUCUGGUUUAAUAGCCAUUUUAUGCUAUAUGCAUCAUAUAUCAUAUUUUUCUGUUAUCCACUGAAUGUUAAAAAGGUGUCUGAUACUGAAGAAGGAGCAACAUUGUGAGCAGUAAGAAUUUCAUUAUUUGGGAUAAAUAUAAUCAUGCAGUGUAACUUUGUUUUGUUUUUUGCUUUUGUCAAGUUUCUGCUUGGUUCCAUGUUUAAUAAAAAUACUGAAUAGUG